AUGACGAAAUAAUAAAAAUUAGGCUAGAAGGGGACAUUCAAUUGGCUGACAUCAUUUUUCCCAAAAAAAAAAAAAGCUUAUAUAAACAGCGAGUUCAACUUUUAGUUUCUAAACUUCUUCUCUUCAAUAAACAAUAAUAAUUAAAGAGUCGACUGACAAGAGUCCUCUUUUUUCUUCUUAUAAAUAUAACCAUGUCUUCACCAGAGAUUUACGAACUUGGGAACGCUCCCAUCACAGCUCAUUCCUUCAACAAGGACCAAUUGGUUGUUUGUCCCAAUACCAACGAUGCUCAAAUAUACCAGUACGGGCAUUCUAACUCCAAGUUAUUGGCUACUUUAAAGGGUCACGAUAAAGUCAUUACGAGUAUCGAUUUUGCCCCCAACACCAACCGUAUUGUUACUUGUUCUCAAGAUAGAAAUGCCUAUGUCUGGACUAACGAAGGCGGUAUCUGGAAGCCGGGGCUUGUCUUAUUGCGUAUCAACCGUGCUGCUACUCACGUACGUUGGUCCCCUAACGAAGAAAAGUUUGCUGUUGCCAGUGGUGCCCGUUGUAUUGCCGUCUGUUAUUUCGAGGAAGACAAUGAUUGGUGGGCCAGUAAGCAUUUAAAGAAACCUAUCCGUAGUACUGUCCUUUCCAUCGACUGGCAUCCCAAUAACGUCUUAUUGGCUGCUGGUUCUGCUGAUAUGAAGGCUCGUGUCUUCUCUUCCUUUAUUAAGGGUUUGGAUAAGAAACCUGCACCCAGUGGAUGGGGAGAUAAGUUACCCUUUAAUACAGUAUGUGGUGAGUUCAGUAGUGGUCGUGGUGGUUGGGUCCAUUCUGUGGCAUUUUCUCCUUCUGGUGAUGCACUUGCUUUUGCAGGUCAUGAUUCUUCCAUGAAUGUGGUCUAUCCUCAAGCCGAUGGUAACCAUACCGUGAUUUCCAUCAUCAACAAUACUUUACCUUUCCGUUCUUUAAUCUGGACCAAUGAGCAACAAAUUGUAGCUGCCGGAUUUGAUUGUGCACCUAUUCUUUAUGAGACAAAGGAUGGUCAAGAUUGGCAUUAUGCAGGAUCCCUUGAUACAGGACGUAAGAAGGUAACGCAAGCUUCUUCCGUCUUGGCCCGUUUCAAGACGAUGGAUUCACGUGGUGAGACUGAGAAUGAUACCACCAUCAACACCGUCCAUCAAAACACGAUUAAUGAAAUCAGAGUGUAUGCAGGUGAGCGUAAUCAUGUGACCAAGUUCUCCACUUGUGGCGUAGAUGGCAAAGUCGUGAUUUGGGAUUUUGAUCCCAGUCAGUUGGUCGUAGAUCUCAGCACGCUCAAAUUGUAAACUAAAAUAAAUACAUAUUUUUUUUUUUUUU